AAGAAUAGUUAAUAAAAAAAAUUAAGACAAAUCAGUGUCAACUCAAAAAAUUUCAAAAAAAAUUAACACAUAAAUAAAAUGGCCACGAAAGUUGUAGCCACCGCCACAGUGAGAGCUUUAAAGGGUAGAAAAUUAAUGCCCACCAGAGCAGCCUUAACUUUGACUCAGGCGGCGGUGCAGCGUAUCAAAGAAUUAUUAAAAGAUAAACCAGAAUAUAAUGGCUUGAAAGUGGGUGUACGCCAACGUGGUUGCAAUGGCCUGUCCUAUACUUUAAAUUAUGCCUCCGAAAAAGUAGAUAAACUAGACGAGGAGGUAACCCAAGAUGGCAUUAAAGUUUAUAUUGAUAAGAAAGCCCAAUUAUCAUUACUUGGCACUGAAAUGGAUUAUGUCGAAUCGAAGCUAUCUAGCGAGUUUGUCUUUAAUAAUCCCAACAUUAAGGGCACCUGUGGCUGUGGCGAAUCGUUUAGUAUGUAAAAUCAAUGCAAUAAAACAAAACACACACAAAAAGUUAGUUAAAUGAAAUGCAAACUGAAAGAAUGAAUAAGACUUGUACAAAAAUUGUUUGUUUUAAACAAAUGGAAAGAUGAUUUUUAAAUUUAUUACAGAAUAAUAAAGAUAAAAAAUAGCCCCGCCACCCCCACAAAAAAAAGGACAUAAGAGAAAAGGGUAUUUUAAUCUCGCACCUUUAAACUAAUCCUAGUAGUUGUUGCUUACUAUAUAAUUUAGCUUAAUUAUUCAUCUAUAUUUUCUCUCUCUUUUAGUUAGCAUAAUUUUUAAAAUAAGUAUUUUUGUUUAAGCUUAAGUAAAGCAAAAAAAAUAUAAUAAACAAAGAGAAAAAAGCUUUAAAUAAAAAAAAUACUUAUUAAAUUAA